AUGGAUUUCGAGCACUCAGACUAGUUCACUUAGAGAGUAGAACUGAUAAUUAGAAAUGUAAUCUAUGUCAUUUUGAACACAUUAGUUCUUACAUAUCCCAGAAGAAGGAGAACAUAAUUGGAAAGAGAUUAAUUAAAAAUUGGAUUACUUGCAAAAUCAGUUGGUGGAUGUACAAAAGUAUCAAAUACAUCAUUAUCAAAAGGAGCAUUCUUUAAUAUUUAAAACAGAGUUUUGAAGCUAUUCGGGAAUAAUUGCAAUGUGAUUUAGAAAGCAUUUAUAUUGAAACUCAAUCUAAAAAUUUAUAAUAAAUCCCUCUUGUGAAGACUGAAAACGUGAUGGUCAAUGAAAGAAUAGAUUAAAUAGGUCUGAAUAUUUAGGAGAUCGAGAAAAGUUUAGUGAAUAAAAUUGAUUUACUCAGUAACAAAGUAGGAACCAUCAAAAUGAAUAGGGAUGAAUUGCAAGAGCAGAUUAAAUCAUUUGAUGGUAUUGAUAUAAAAUUGAUUGAAGCUCGGAUGGAGUCUCAAUGGCAAGGUUUGGCUAAUGUUUCCGAUUAAUUUUGGUUAUUCAAGAAGCAAUUUGAAUCACUUUUGAGUGGAACACAGCAACAGAAAAAAAAAUACUCUCUUUUUACAUGA